UUUUCUCCAGGGUGAACAUACAGGAUGGUCUCAGAAGAUGCCUGGCCCUUCUGAGUGGCUACUUGGGGAAGGUCCUUGGCAUAAGAUGGAUGAUGUGGAGGCCUAUUCUGAGCACUGUGUAUCUGUAGGAGAGUCUCAGGUCAGGGCUUCCAAGACAGCCGCACCCACCCAGAGGACCCAUCUGUGUAAGCCGUGCUUCUCAGUGUUAAAAGAUAUUUUGCACCUGAGUGAGUUACAAGUGGUUUUCUUUGAGAAGAAUGUGUUCUUAAGUGAUGGGUGUGUUAGAGACUUGUGUUCCAGUGCACACCCUCACCAGCAACAGAAGAAUGCCAGUGGAGAGAAGCCCUGUAAAGAAGAUAUGGAGAGGUCCUCGCUUGGGACCAAUUGCUGCUUCUACUUAUCCAAGGUGCCUGCAGCUAGGACGGAGGUUGGGGAAGACUCCCCAGCCAUCUCAGAGCUUCUCCAGCACCAGGCCACUCUUAACACCAAGGAGCCACACAGGAACAAUGAGAUUUCACAGGAAUGUCUCAGUGGAAAAAGACAUCACCAGUGGGUUGAAUGUGAAACAGCUGCCAGCCAGAAACAGAAAGUUGCUUUUCAGAAAGGUCUCUGCUCUGGAGAUAUGAUUUAUGAGUCUAAUAAAUGUGGGAAACGGUUUAGACAAAUCUUUAACCAACCUCAACAUGGAAGAGUUCACACUGGAGAAAAGCCCAGUGAAGGUACUGAUUGUGGAAAGGUCUUCAGUGAAAGCACUGCUCUCAUUAAACACAGCAGAGUUCACACUGGAGAAAAGCCCAGUGAAGGUACUGAUUGUGGAAGGGUCUUCAGUGAAAGCACUGCUCUCAUUAAACACAGCAGAGUUCACACUGGAGAAAAGCCCAGUGAAGGUACUGAUUGUGGAAGGGUCUUCAGUGAAAGCACUGCUCUCAUUAAACACAGCAGAGUUCACACUAGGGGAAAGCCAUAUGAGUGUAGUGACUGUGAGAAGUCCUUCAGUUACAUGUCUGACUUCACUAGACACCGCAGAGUUCACACUGGAGAAAAGCCAUAUGGGUGUAGCGAAUGUGGUAAGCAUUUCAGUCAGAGGACUGACCUUAUUACCCACCAAAGAAUUCACACUGGAGAAAAGCCAUAUGCAUGUAGUGAAUGUGGGAAGCAUUUCAGUCAAAAGACUGACCUCACUAAACACCAAAGAGUUCACACUGGUGAAAAGCCGUAUGAGUGUAGUAAUUGUGGGAAAUCCUUUAGUAAAAGCUAUAGCCUCAGUCGACACAAGAGAGUUCAGACUCGUGAAUGUAGUAAGUAUAGUGAAUGUGGAAAAUCUUUUAGCUACAAACAUAAACCAGCUAGACACCCAAGAGUUCACCCUGGAGAAAAGUCAUAUGGUUGUAGCGAAUGUGGUAAGCAUUUCACUCGAAGGACUGACCUUAUUAAACACCACAGAAUUCACACUGGAGAAAAACCUUAUGAGUGUAGUGAAUGUGGGAAGUCCUUUCGUCAAAGUUCUAGCCUGAAUACACAUCACAAGAGAGUUCACACUGGAGAAAAGCUGUAAAGGUGCAGGGAAUUUUUUACUUUUCUCACUUAGAAUAAAAACACUUAAGGAGACUCUAUGGGACCCACUUACUUGAAUGUAAACUCCAUUUAUGAGAACAUACACUCUGCUAGAUUCCUCAUAAAUUUCCAAUACAAGUGAGACUUGAAGGAACUGCAUUGUACUUGCUAACAUGCCAGACCUACGACCCAAAUGGUGUCGCCGUGUUCGUUGCUGAAGAGAUUUCACCUCUAACACCUGACUCACCUGAGGAGUGUGCAUCGGUCAUCAUCCCUGGGUGCUCAGGGGAAUGUGUUCUGUGUUGUCACUUCUGCUUGAAGUAAUUAUGGUUCCUCCAAGCCCUUGGCAGUAUCUUCAUUCAUUUCUCUAUGACGAGAAAAUGGACCUGACCCAGGAUUCAUCCAGAGCACCCCUUCUCAGCUAGGAAGUGCUACCUCUUUCAUGGACAUUGUGGUACUCACAUUAUGCUUUGAUAAAUUUGGGGGAUUCUUACUCACCAACCUGCAAACUGCUUGCUCUCCUCUGCUCUGGUUUAGGAUCUUUUUUAAAGGUGUGUUUACAUUUGUACCUUUAAUUUUGGUUUUAUUCACGGCCACAGAUGAUUUGCAAACACAAAUGUGAUCUUUCAGCAUGUAGAGAUGAAUAUUGUGUUUAUCCAAAAAUGGAUGUGGUUUGGAAGGGACAGCAUCAUGGCAGGAAAUCACUUUUUGUCCAAUAUUGGCUUAUUAUUUACUGCAGCCCAUGGGCUUGAAAGAAAGGCCACAUGACUUUGUGCGUUUAAGUUGCUCAACAGGCAAGAAGUCAAAGCUAGAGGAAGGAUAAUCCUGUAAUCUGUCCCAGAUAUGUCUUUUGUAAUCACUCAGCAUUCCUGUUAAUUUUAAUGUCAAUAGUUUGUUGUUGUUUUUUAAAUAUAUAGUUUUAUUGAUUUCAGUGAGAAAGGGAGAGAGAGAGAGAGAGAGAAAUACCAAUGAUGAGUGAGAAUCAUUGCUCGGCUGCCUCCUGCACACCCCACCCAGGGGAUGGAGCCCACAACCUGGGCAUGUGCCCUGACCAGCAAUUGAACCGUGACGUCCUGGUUCACAGGUCAAUGCUCAACCACUUAGUCACACCGUAUGGGCUGAUGGCAAUAGUCUUCACUGAUUGCCAAUAUUUGCUGCCACUGAGGCAAGGCUGGUCCUCCCAAGAAAUGAGGAGAGAGAUGGUUGUGACUAUAUAGAGUUGCCAUCUUAAUUUUCUAACAACAGAGGGAUGUCUAGGAUUUAUAUGGAACCACAUCUCAAGGCUUUACUUAGGUUUAUAUAUAACUGACAACCAAGGAAAUGCACUUUUCUAAUGUGCAAUAUUUGCUGAGGUUGAACAUACAGAUAAAGCUGAGAAACCAUCACAGGUAAAAUUUGCUUCUGUUACCCACAUCCAUGUGGGGGGGGAAAAGUAGACUUACUGUUGUGAGUGUGCCAAACACACAGUUAAUUCUCUUUUUCAAGUAACUAUUUUAUAUAUUUUAAAAUGUAUUUUUUUAAAAUAUAUUUUAUUGAUUUUUUACAGAGAGGAAGGGAGAGGGAUAGAGAGUUAGAAACAUCGAUGAGAGAGAAGCAUCGAUCAGCUGCCUCCUGCACACCCCCCACUCGGGAUGUGGCCGCAACCAAGGUACGUGCCCUUGACCAGAAUCAAACCCAGGACUCUUCAGUCCCCUGGCCGACGCUCUAUCCAGUGAGCCAAACCAGCUAGGGCUAAAAUGUAUUUUUAUUAAAUGUUGAAAGGAAGGGAGAGAGAAACAGCAAUCGCCUGCCUCCUGCAUGACCAUUCCUGGGGAUUCAGGAUGGCAUGUGCCUGCCCUGGAAUCAAACCAGUGGCUUUCAGUGAAUGUGAUCACGCCCAGUAAAAUGAGGCACAGUGGCCAUGGAGAGUUUAUAUUUGUGUUAUUAUUAAUUAUUGUAUUAUUUUCAUUACCAUCAGUUGUAAACCCACUAUUGCCUUACCCUGUAUUUACUUCCAAUCCUUUGGUCAGCUUUCUGCCUACCCAGCCCUCCAUACAGGCAUUGAUUUACCUUCCUGUACAAUAGAGUAGUUCAUAUUUUUCAUAAUUUUACUGGCACUAUAAGGUGAAUUCUCUUUAAGAAACACUGGCUUCCUUCAUGCUACACAGAUAUUUUGAGAUUCGAAACUAAUAUUUAUUUAAAUAGUUAAUUUUUUAUUGCUAGGAAAUACUGUAUUCUAUGGAUAACCACUUCAACUAUUGAGCUGUCUAUGGUUUCAGUUAUUUCUACGUUUCGGGUUUUCUAAAUAAAACAGCUGCGGAUAUUGUGUUCA